GAUGAAGCGAUGGACGAGGAUGCAUAUGAUGUGAAAAAUCUUAUGCAGAAAUUCACAAACAUUGGUAAGGAGAAUGAGCAAAAGGUGAAACACGGGAGACCCAGUGAUCUGGAUGAUAUAAAGAUUGCCGCACGAAAUCUGAAGGAGCAGUUUGAGAAAGCUGGUCUGGAGGACGAGUCAGAAACAGCUGAAGAGAAACGUAAACAACUGGAAGAAGAAUUUGAGCGACUGCGGCGCGAGAAAGAGGCAGCUGCAAUUCAUGAAGAAACUCCGGAAGAGGAAGUUUUGCAGAAAGAAGAGGUUCAUGUCGCCGCUGAUCACGCUUCUAAAAUGACUGCAAAAUGGGAAAAAAUCCAGAAAAAAGAGGCUAAGAAGGCCGAAAAAGGUAGAAUGCCUCAAAAGGGCAGUUUGCAUGCGGUUAGUUUAUUACUUUUUGGACGCAAUGCUUUAAAAUGA